UCAUUACAGAUUUGUAUUCCCGCCACGCAAAGCGCAUCAUUCAUUCACGCUUGUACAGUACAGUACAGUAGCAGAUCUAGCUCAAGCUGCGGGUGCAUUUUUUUUUUCAUAUUAUGAUAAGGGCGUUGUAUUCUGAUUUUGCAGGAAUAUGGAAUAUGGAUCCUCUUCUUAAUACCAUACAAGCAUGUGCAUUGGCCUAAAAAUUGCCAUAAUUCUAUCUCAAACUAGUUGUAAAAAAUACCAUCACGGCCUAAUAAACUCUCCCUGCUUCCACACCCGGCUUAAGCUUCCACAUAGACUUUACGUGCACCUGUACCUCAUCUUACCUGCAAAUAAAAAUCAGGUAACACUACGUACAUACCGGUAACGUUAGGCCAGCCCUCGCCGCCGCGCCCCGCGCGAGAGCGAGCCUACCCUAGAGCCAUUGGACAUUGAGAUUGCAUUGAGAUGAUAUGCAAGGAGCUAGAGGCCAAUAAAUCAUACGGUACUCUUGGUCAGUAUCAGGAACUAGUGUGAGGAUUUGGAAGAAGUUCUAGAAGUAGAAGAAGCCACCAAACUACUCAAACUUUAGGAGGAGAAUGGAUUCAAUAUUCCAUGAAAAGCAAGAGGGAUCACUGUGUGCCCAGCAUUGUCUAAAUUCUUUACUGCAAGGUUCCUACUUCAGUGCAGUAGAUCUUGCCUCCAUUGCUCAGGAUCUAGAUGAUGUAGAAGGGGCUCACAUGGCUGAAGGUGGAGUGGACUCGGUAGAAUACCUCAGGUUCCAAGAACAACCAUCCACAAAUAUGGAUGACAGUGGCUUCUUCUCUGUGCAAGUCAUCAGUAAGGCUCUGUUCGUAUGGGAACUUGUCAGUAUUCCCAUAGGUAGCUCAGAGGCUGGUAUAGCUUCAGUUUAUCCUGAGAGAGAAUGUGCCUUUAUAUGCAACUUUCGGGAGCAUUGGUUGACGAUUAGGAAGCUUGGAAAUCAGUGGUUCAAUCUGAAUUCUCUGUUGACUGGUCCAGAGCUGAUAUCAGAUACAUAUUUAAGCAUGUUCCUUGCUCAGCUGCAAAAGGAAGGCUACUCCAUAUUUGUGAUUCGUGGCAGUCUACCCGAGUGUGAAGCAGACCAGCUACUACGGCUCAUACCUGCCGUUCAGACCCAUCCACCAAAGCUCCUUUCCGACGACGCCCAGUCUUCAAAUCAGAAGGCAUCCACUGGGGUCGGUGUGACCCAGGAUGACCUUCAGAAGGCGCUAGAGGCAAGCAGGGGUUUGACCUCGGGGUACAAAGGAGACGACGAGCUUCAAGCUGCGAUACAACUAAGUCUACGAGAAAAUCAAGUUUCAGAGGCAAGUGAACCUGUCAAUCAGGAUGAAUUGAGGAGGAAAAGAGAAGCUUUUUUCAACAGACAAAACCCCGGGCCUACACAAUCGUCAGCUGCAAGCAAUCAGUCCACACCCUCAGAAGUGCCUUCCACGUCAAAAGAGGAAGAAAAGAGAGAACUCUCCACAGCCAAGGAGAGAGUUGAAAGCAAUACCAACAACUCUGCCAAGACCUCUACUAGCCCAUCCUGUACAGUCGUGGCUGAACAGGAAACGGGAGAACUACUGGACAGUGGUAUGACCGAAUCAGCCAUGUUAGAAGCAGCCAUCAAAAUGUCGAUAGAAUCGGUGGAACAGAAAACGUGAGAAUUAGCAUCAAAAUAGCUCAUAGUCAUCCAUGAUAGAAGCGGCUGGAAUGUGUGGAACGGAAAACAAAAGAAGCCUCGGAAUAACUUUGCCAAGAAUUCUGCCAAAAAAGCCGUGUUAGAGGCUGCCAUCAUUACGCUGUGGAACAGAAAACAUGAAGAGCACCAUAAAAGCUGAAAUGCUGAUAAUUUCAUAGGAAUGUGUAGAAUGUAUGAAACAGGAGAUGAGAGGAGAAGCAUCAGGAACUGGAUACUUUAAAGCCCCACUGUCCUACUUGUAGCUACUUGCUCCCUCUAUAUAGAAAACUUCCCCAAUCGGUGCCUGUUGGUCCCCCAUGAUCCUCUAUUUCUUAUGUUAUUCGAGAGCUGAGUUGAUGAGAUAGCGACCUGUCAGUGACCUCGCUGUGUGGUCUAAUCCCUACUAGCCACACUAGUGUUGAUAAGCUUUAAAGUGUACCAAUCACCAUAAAGAAGUAAGUUGUGCAUAACUAGAAUGUAUAAAAUCAACCUCAAAAAAAGUUUACCUCGCAUACUAUAGAAAAGGGUUAGGAAGUAUGAAGAAAGUAAGGAAAACUAUAAAACUCCACGCACAGAACCCAAUUUGGACUUUGGGCUAUUCUAUACAGGUUCUUUUUAUGUUUAAACUGCAAUACAUCUCUUUGUAGAAAUAAUAUUCAAACCUCAUAUUUUGAACACGAUAUAGCGAUGCAGAACCCCUCACAUUAAGAGCACAACAUGCUAAAUGGUACACUUUAAGCAAAAUGCCUUUUUGAAUCUACCUAAAAGAUUACAUUAAGAGCACUGGGAAGACGAGUUCAUUGUUUCAUUAGCAAGCAAUAGAAGAUGGACUGUUCAGAUAGCUAUGCGGACAAAGAGAAAAACUCUUCCAUUUUUACUGCUUACAGUUUAUCAUUUGAUUCCUGUAGCUCUCUCAUUUAAUAAACUGUAUUGUGACUGUACUUUUGAGUCUAGUUUUGAGUUGGAUUAAAUCCAUAGGCAGUGCCUUAGUGGAAUUUUGCUGUUUCUUUGCCUGAAAAUUGUAUUUGUGCUUUACUUUAAAGAUUUAUUGAAAUUUUAUUGAAAUGAGAUACAUGUUGUAAUAUAGGUCAGUAAUAAUUUGUGAAUUUAUGUACGAGUGUAUAAUACACUUAUUUAAAACAGAGAUUUGCAGAGCAAAUCUUAGAUACGACUUUCAUAGUUUGUGUGUUUCAGUUUAUAGUUGCUAGUACAUUUGAUUGCAUGCAAUGCUUCCAAACAAUAGAUAGAAUAAACAUACAGACGUAUGCUUAGUGAUAUCUGCAAAAAUAGAUUUUGAGACUGAGAUUUCAAGGUACAUAUGUCAAGAGUAAGGCUUUUUAUUUUUUACAUACAGUAAAUGAUAUGUUUGAUAUACUUUAAUUCAUGCAUAAAUAUAGAUGAUUGUCAUUUUGGCCACUGCCCAAGUCUUAAAAGGGUUCAUGAUAAUAAGUGUACAAUAUUUGUGUUAGAAAGGCGUUACACACACAUCAUUUGAUGAACUGGUGGGAAAAAUCUGUCCUGGAAAUUGGUUUAAAACUUAAAAGACUUUAGGAUAGAAAUGUUUUAAUAGAACACGUCCACAAUUUUAUUCUCGGAAAUAAGUCAGUUUAUAAAAAGUUUGAGGCGAUUUAGUGCGACUUAUUAAAACAGAACUGGCAAGGGCUUCAAGUUAUGCAAAACCUUGUGCCUCUUGAGCAAUCAUUAAAGUAGCAAAAGUUGAACAAUGCUAUAAUAAUAAUUUAAAGUGUAUUUUUAUUUUCCACUUUGCAAUUAUAAUGUACUCAUUGAAUUAAGUGAAUGCAACAACAACGUUGCCUUGUCAACUUUUAUUUUCCACUCUGCAAUCAAAAUGUACUCAUUGAAUAAACUGAAUGCAACAAGAAAA